AAAAGUAUCAUCAUUACUUCAAAAACGUACUGUUGUUACUCAAAUGGAAACCAACCAUCAAAAAACUUUUUCGAAUCAAAAAAACAUCCCUCGUCUUCCAAUUCCGACAUUGAAAGAAACGGCUGAACGUUAUAAGAAAUCUUUAUUACCUCUUUUAUCUACUUCGGAUUAUAAUCGAGCAGUCAAUGCUGUUGAUGAAUUUAUGAAAGAAGGUGGUUUUGCUGAAGUUCUUCAACAGAGAUUACACGAAGUUUAUAAAAAUGAAAAGUAUAAUUGGCUCGAGUCUAUCUGGUUAAACAAAGCCUAUUUAGAAUGGAGAGAUCCAUCUCUUAUAAACGUUAAUUG